CUAUUCUUGUUUGGCCUAACAGAUUACGCUAUUUGCCUAUAAGAAUCAAUCGCUAUCGUACACUCUGUUUAUCCCUGAAAACAUUUUUCGUCAGAAAAGCUUUAUAUCCAUACUGAAGCGCUCCAAUAUCAAUCAAUCAAAAAUCAACUAUAACACUGAUGAUAACAGUUGGUUCCACUGCCUCUGCAUUGAUAUGGCCCCCUGAAAGGCCAAAAUGGCACCAGUUACCCAGGUGCCAACCCCACAAACUAUCCAGCAUGAUAGCCACCAGCAGGCUGAUUCAAUGGAUAUUGACGACCACACAACACCUACUCCAGGGGGGAACCAAUCAAGCCCCCAGCCUCAGGAACAAGACUUUCAACGGGCAAAGGCUCUGGAAAGGGCUCAAACGUCUGAAAGGCCUGAGCAGUCUACCCAAACUGCUCAACAACCUGCUAAGAAGUCUAGCCACGACCUCAUUGUGGAAUUAUGGCGCAGACUUGAGCAGAAGGAUGAGGAGAUGUCAGAACUCUGCCAGGCACAGAUGAAUGCCAAUACAUCCUCUACAGACUUCCGCCUAGCUGAUCAGCUGUCCAAACUGUUUGAGCAAAAGGAUAGCCAAUCAAUGCUGGAUAGGGAAGAACAACACCUGAGACAGCUCGCACAGACAUAUUGGUGAGAGACCAAGAAACUGCACGGACAAGAUAAUUAUUCUGAUUGG